UUGCUUUGAUGACGACGACGCACCGCUACGCCACGACGACCCGGUCCUUCACCCGGUCCCCGGUCUAUGGGACCCAUGGCAUGGUCGCUACGAACCAGCCGCUGGCCUCCGAGAUCGGCUACCGCAUCUUGCGCAACGGCGGCAACGCGGUGGACGCAGCGAUCGCGAUUGCCGCCGCGCUCAACGUCACGGAGCCGUGCUCGACGGGCAUCGGCGGCGACUGCUUCCUUCUCUACUACAACGCCGAGACGCGCCAGGUUGCGGGCCUCAACGGCAGCGGACGCUGUGCCAAGGCGCUGACGCUGGAGCGCGCGAUGGCCGACUGCCCGAACGCGACCAGCAUCCCGCUGGGCCAUGUGCAUUCCAUCACGGUACCUGGCGCCGUCGCGGGCUGGGUCGAUGCGGUCAAGGCGUGGGGCACCAUGUCCAUGCAAGACAUUCUCCAGCCAGCGAUCGACUUGGCGCGCGAAGGCUUCCCCGUCGCGCCCGUCACGUCGUACCUCUGGGAGACUGCGACGUUCCAGCUCACUCGCUGGCCGCACCCCGAGGACUUGCUCAUCGAUGGUCGUGCGCCGCGCACGGGCGAGAUCUUCCGCAACCCCAACCUCGCCGCGUCGCUUGAGGCCAUUGGCCUGUACGGCAAAGCUGGCUUUUACGAAGGGCCGAUCGCCGAGGACAUUGUCGCCGCGGUCGUUGCCCAGGGCGGACUUUUGAGCCUCGAGGACUUGGCGACGCACGCGUCUUCGUUUGUGCAGCCGAUCAAGACGACGUUUGAUGGCAUUGAUGUGUUUGAGAUUCCGCCAAAUGGCCAAGGCAUCACGGCGCUCCUUGCACUCAAUCUGCUGUCGCAGCUGCCGCCAGAUGUGCUCGCUGCGCACCAGUCGCCCGAGUACCUCCACGCGCUCAUUGAAACCAUGCGCCUCGCCUUCCAGGACGCCCGCUGGUACGUCUGCGACCCCGACGUCGAGCACGUGCCCGUGGACGAGCUCCUCAGUGCAGCGUACGCCAAAGCGCGCAUUGAGCUCUUCUCCCCUGACAAGGCCAUGGUCGACCCCAAGCGCGGAUCACCCAUUCUGUCGAGCGAUACCGUGAGCUUCCAAGUCGUUGAUGUGUACGGCAACGCGGUCUCGAUGGUCAAUAGCAACUAUGCCAAGUUUGGCUCUGGCUUGAUCCCGGAAGGUCGCGGGUUUUCGCUGCAGAACCGGGGCAGCAACUUUAUCUUGGAGAAAGGCCAUCCCAACGCACUCGCCCCCGGGAAGCGCCCGUACCACACGAUCAUUCCGGCCAUGUCGCUCUUUGCCGACUCGCAGCUUCUCCACUCGACGUUUACCGUCAUGGGCGGGUUUAUGCAGCCGCAAGGCCAUGUGCAAGUGCUGCUCAACAUGCUGCGCUUCGGCAUGGACCCGCAAGAGGCACUGGACGCGCCCCGCUUUUGCAUUGGCGCGGCCGAAGGCGAGAACGAGAGCGUCGUGAGCGUCGAAGAUACGAUGCCAGCAGCCACGAUCGACGGACUGCGCGCCAAAGGCCAUACAAUCCAAGUGCUCUCCAACAUGGAGCGUGGGCUCUUUGGGCGCGGCCAGAUCAUCACACGCGACCCGACGUCCGGGGUGCUCUGCGCCGGCUCGGACGGCCGCGGCGACGGUGUGCCCAUGGGCUGGUGAAGCAGCCUGCAUUCGACGACGUCGGCAGUGGCUUCAACAAGAUGGUGUUGACUACACG